UUUGUCGAGCCGUCACCUCCACCACCACAAGCCAUGGGAAAUUGCGGCUCAAAAAAGGCCGAGAAGACAGUCGUCGAGCCAGAGGAGCCGAAGCCGAGCGCGGUGCCUGAGGAGCCGGUGGAGGAGGAGCCGACGAGCCCGCCGAGAACGGAGAAGCCGUCGCCCGAGGCGGAGGCGGAGCCCGCGCCCACCGAGGAGGAGGCCGAGGCUCCCGAGGCCGAGCCGGAGGUGUCAACCGUCGCGGAGCUGCCGACCGAAGAAGAGAAAAACAUCUUCGCAAAGGUUGGCGACUUCGUCAAGAAUGCCUUUUCGGCGCGCGAGGAAGAGGCCCCGAAGGAGGAGAAGGUCGAGGUGUCUCGCCUGACCAAGAUCCCGGUUAAGGAGGGGGCGGUGCCGGACAUGGUCGCGGCGACCGAGAAGGACGAGUUCAAGGCGCUCGUCAAGACCUUCGUCGGCUUCGUCGGCGUCAAGAUGUACGCGGUCGGAGACGGGCACGUCGUGACGCACUCUCGCUGGGAGGACGAGGCGGCGGCCGAGGGCGGCAAGGCGGCGCUCGGAGGCGUGCUCAAGACCUUCAUGGCGGAGCUCGUCGCGGGGCCGCCGGAGGAGGCGCUCGUCGGGCCCGAGAUGUGGGCGGUCGACGGGCCGGCGGCCUCCGAGCCGCCGGUGGCCGUGCGGCGUCUCCUCCUACCAGACCGGGCCGACCGAGGCCUUCGUCGUCGCGUCGUACACCUCCAGAGAGGCGCUCGAGGCGGCCGCGCCGGUGGCCAAGGAGGUCCUCGGCGACGCGAUGGAGCACUUCUCGGGCGUGCCGGCCCAGGAGACCGGCACGGUCGAGUACAUCUGGCCGGCCAAGGAGCCCAGCUGGAUCGAGAAGGUCUCGGCCUACCUCUCGCCGACCAAGAAGGCGCCGCCGCCGCCGGCCGAGGAGGAGGAGGCGGGGGAGGCCGAGGCGGAGCCCGAGGCCGAGGCGGCGGAGGCCGCGGAGGAGGAGGGGGCGGAGGCGGCGGAGGAGGAGGCGGACAAGCCGCCGCCGCCGCCCUCCCUCUUCGAGAAGGUC